UGACCGACCGGGAAAUCCUGUAAUUGAUUUUGACGAGAAAGCGGGCUCUUGUGAAACCCUUCUCUCUCUUUCUCGCUCUCUCUGUAAUUUGGAUCUGGAAGCUAGUGUUGAUCUCAUUGGAAGACCUUUAAUGUCGAUACGUAGCUUCUUCUCUUGAAGAGUUGCUAGAGGCCUUCACGUUUGCGCUUUCUGUUAUGGCUACAGGUUAUUCUUUGCUGCAUUUUGUCCCUCCCAUGCUCAGCAAGUUAUUGUUUGCUCCGGCCUACGUAAUUUUGUUUUGAUGGAAAGAUAUUUGGGGAAGAAACACCUGUGGUUUCUGCAGGUCCUGAUUAUGAGCUUUGGCUUUUCAUAUGGAUUCCUAUUGAACUUACUCCAGCUGACCUGAAAAAUAAAAAAUAAAAAAAAUGUCACCAGCUGGCAGAAUUAGGGGGAAGCUCCGAUGGAGCAAUCUCUACUCAUUCGCUUGCUUUCGUCCGACUGUUUUAGAGUCGGAGGGCCUCCAUCCCCUUGGGGGCCCUGGUUUCUCACGGGUCAUAUACUGCAACCAACCUCGUGUGCACCAGAGAAAGCCUCUAAAAUACCCAACGAAUUAUAUAUCCACCACAAAAUACAAUAUCAUCACUUUCCUACCCAAGGCAAUCUUUGAGCAGUUUCGGCGGGUGGCAAACCUCUACUUUCUAAUGGCUGCAAUUCUGUCACUCACACCCGUUGCUCCAUUCUCUGCUGUAAGUAUGAUCGCUCCACUGGCCUUUGUCGUCGGUCUCAGUAUGGCAAAGGAAGCUUUGGAAGAUUGGCGUCGAUUUAUGCAGGAUAUGAAGGUCAAUUCCCGAAAAAUUAGGCUUCAUAAAGGCAAUGGUACAUUUGGUUACAAACCCUGGCAGAAGGUUCGAGUUGGAGAUAUUGUAAAAGUCGAGAAGGAUCAGUUCUUCCCUGCAGAUUUGCUUCUGCUGUCAUCGAGCUAUGAAGAUGGGAUUUGCUAUGUGGAGACUAUGAAUUUGGAUGGUGAGACAAACCUUAAAGUGAAGAGAUCUUUGGAGGUAACAUUGCCCUUGGAGGAAGAUGCAGCUUUCAAGGAUUUUACAGGAAUAAUCAGAUGUGAAGACCCCAAUCCUAACCUCUACACUUUUGUGGGUAAUCUCGAGUAUGACCGUCAGGUCUAUGCUCUUGACCCUAGUCAGAUUCUUCUUCGAGAUUCUAAGCUCAGAAAUACUGCUUAUGUGUAUGGGGUGGUAGUAUUCACUGGCCAUGACAGCAAAGUCAUGCAGAAUUCAACAAGAUCCCCCUCCAAAAGGAGCCGAAUUGAAAGGAAAAUGGAUUACAUCAUCUACUUCCUUUUUACCCUGCUUGUUUUAAUCUCAUUGAUCAGCUCUAUAGGCUUUGCUGUGAAGACGAAGUAUGAUAUGCCAAACGCAUGGUACUUGCAACCUAAGAAUACCACAAAUUUGUAUGAUCCAUCAAGGCCCGCAUUGUCAGGCAUAUUUCAUCUGGUCACUGCUCUUAUCCUCUAUGGAUAUUUAAUUCCCAUUUCACUCUAUGUUUCAAUUGAGGUAGUUAAGGUUUUGCAAGCAAUGUUCAUUAACCAAGACUUGCACAUGUAUGAUGAGGAGAGUGGGAAUCCUGCACUAGCACGAACAUCAAAUUUGAAUGAAGAGCUAGGUCAGGUUGACACAAUCCUCUCAGAUAAGACUGGAACUUUGACGUGCAAUCAGAUGGAUUUCCUGAAGUGUUCCAUUGCUGGUGUUUCUUAUGGCAUGCGUUCCAGUGAGGUCGAAAUUGCUGCAGCAAAGCAGAUGGCUUCUGACCUUGAUGGGGAGAAUUCAGAAAUUUCUGGCAUGCCUAUGCACAAUAGCAGAAUUGAGGAUCCUUGGGAUAACAGUGGAGUUGGUUUUGCAGGGUCAGAGAUUGAACUAGAGACUGUUGUUACUUCUAAUGAUGAAAACGAGCCAAAACCUAUGAUAAAGGGAUUCAGUUUUGAGGACAGCCGCCUCAUGAAUGGAAAUUGGUUGAAAGAACCCAACACAGAUAUCAUUUUGUUAUUCUUUCGAAUAUUGGCUAUUUGUCACACUGCAAUUCCUGAGCCUAAUGAGGAAACUGGCAGUUUCAAUUAUGAAGCAGAAUCACCAGAUGAAGGAGCUUUUCUUCUUGCGGCUAGGGAGUUUGGAUUUGAGUUCUGCAGACGGACUCAAAUGAGUGUUUUCAUCCGAGAAAGAUAUUCUUCUGGGAGCCCAAUUGAGAGGGAGUUCAAAGUCCUAAAUCUAUUGGAAUUCAAUAGCAAACGAAAGAGAAUGUCUGUAAUUGUCAAAGAUGAGGAUGGGCAGAUCCUUCUUCUGUGUAAAGGUGCAGACAGCAUAAUUUUUGAUCGCCUUGCCAAAAAUGGAAGAAUGUUUGAGGAGCAUACAAGUAGGCAUUUAAAUGAAUAUGGAGAAUCAGGGUUGCGGACAUUGGCACUUGCGUACAAAAAACUUGAAGAGCCUGAGUAUACUGCCUGGAACAGUGAGUUUCUCAAAGCAAAAACUACUAUAGGUUCUGACAGAGACGCCAUGCUUGAACGGGUUUCAGAUAUGAUGGAGAAGGAUCUGAUUCUCGUUGGUGCUACAGCUGUAGAGGACAAACUACAGAAAGGGGUGCCUCAGUGCAUAGAUAAACUAGCACAAGCUGGUCUCAAGAUCUGGGUUCUGACAGGCGAUAAGAUGGAAACUGCAAUCAACAUAGGAUAUGCAUGCAGUCUACUCCGUCAGGGCAUGAAGCAGAUCUCCAUAACAACAAUGAACACAGAUUUGUUAGCCCAAGAUGCCAAGAAGGCUUUUUUCUUAUCUUUGGUUCCUGAGCAGGCUGUGAAAGAAAACGUUUUGAUGCAAGUCACAAAUGCUUCACAAAUGAUUAAUCUGGAAAAGGACCCUCAUGCUGCCUUUGCUUUAGUUAUUGAUGGGAAAACUUUAGCCUAUGCUUUAGAGGAUGAUAUGAAGCAUCUAUUUCUGAGUUUAGCUGUUACCUGUGCGUCUGUCAUAUGCUGCCGGGUCUCACCAAAGCAGAAGGCACUGGUUACAAGGUUGGUAAAAGAGGGAACUGGAAAAACAACUUUAGCAAUUGGUGAUGGUGCUAACGAUGUUGGUAUGAUUCAAGAGGCAGACAUUGGCGUAGGUAUCAGCGGGGUCGAAGGGAUGCAGGCUGUAAUGGCUAGUGACUUUGCCAUUGCACAGUUUCGGUUUUUGGAGCGGCUUUUGGUUGUCCAUGGGCACUGGUGCUAUAAGAGGAUUGCCCAGAUGAUAUGCUAUUUCUUUUACAAGAAUAUAGCCUUUGGCCUCACCCUCUUCUACUUUGAGGCGUACACUGGAUUUUCUGGGCAGUCGGUCUAUGAUGACUGGUAUAUGCUACUGUUCAAUGUCCUCCUUACUUCAUUGCCUGUUAUUACACUAGGAGUUUUUGAGCAAGAUGUUUCGUCUGAAGUCUGCUUACAGUUCCCAGCUCUAUAUCAACAAGGACCUAGAAAUCUGUUCUUUGACUGGUAUAGGAUAUUUGGGUGGAUGGCAAACGGUCUCUAUUCGUCUCUAAUCAUCUUCUUCCUCAAUAUAAACAUCUUCUAUGACCAAGCAUUCCGUGCCGGAGGCCAGACUUCUGACAUGGCUUCUGUAGGAGCCACAAUGUUCACUUGCAUCAUUUGGGCUGUAAACUGCCAGAUUGCACUCACAAUGAGUCACUUUACAUGGAUUCAACAUCUCUUUGUCUGGGGCAGCAUCUGCACGUGGUACAUUUUUCUUGUACUUUACGGCCUGGUCUCACCAAUCUAUUCUGGUAAUGCCUUCCGAAUUCUUGUGGAAGCUCUUGCCCCUGCACCCAUUUAUUGGUCUGUCACCCUCUUGGUUACAAUUGCUUGUAAUCUCCCCUACCUGGCCCACAUAUCAUUCCAAAGAUCUUUCAACCCCAUGGACCAUCAUGUCAUCCAAGAGAUCAAGUAUUACAAGAAAGAUGUUGAGGAUAAACACAUGUGGACAAGGGAACGAUCCAAAGCAAGGCAGGAGACCAAGAUUGGGUUCACAGCGAGGGUGGAUGCCAAGAUCAGGCAUUUGAAAGGCAAGUUGCAUAAGAAGUACUCAUCUCUUGGUGUGCAGAAUGUAAACACAACUUCAUAAGAAUGGGCAGAUCUUUAUUUCAACCUAUUUUUUUUGGUUAGGGUUUCAUGGCUCAUCCUUUUUUUAUUCUCGCCCUCUCUCCAUUGUGGUCCUCCCAUUCAUAUUUCAGUGUUAUUUUUCCAUCCGGGUACGGAGUGUUGGCUCAGGUCCCAUUACAGCAGAGCACUGAAGUUGUCUGUACAAUAUUUAUAAGGUUUGAUGAGUAGAAGCUUAUGAAAAUAGUUGAUAUUUACAGUAGUUUCUAGUUC